CACGGAUGAUUUAGCGUGUAUGAUUUGGCCUCGACCGGAGUAAACAAAAGAGCGAAAUCCCCAAAUUGCUGCGUUCUUCGUCUGGUCUUCUUCUUUCCCGCUGGACCCUGCAACAGCUGUAUCUGGAAGCCCGAUUCCUUCUUGUCAAUCCCUUUUCCGUUGCACCAUUUCCAUGGGCUGAACCGUGACAUCGUAACCGGCUGGAGAACGUAAUUUGAAACUGAUAUAAUGUACAGAGGUUCCGGAAAGCAUGGCCGCGGUGGCGGCAGAGGCCGUGGCAAGCGCAACAUCCCCUCAUCAUUUCACGCGCCACCUAUCCUGAGCUCUUCUGUCGUACCAGGAGGCCGCCUAUCAGUUGGAAGUGGAGCUACUCCUAGCUGCCGCGGCACUUCUUCUGCCCCCAAUUCCUCUGCUGCUUCCAAUGAGACAGAGGAAAAUUUCAGCCUUGUUGCGGGAAAUGCUUUGAACUUCUCAAUGAUAAUCCGGCUGGUACCUGGCCUAGUGGAGGAGAUCAAGCGAGUGGAGGCUGAAGGGGGUGUGGCGCAGAUCAAAUUUGAUGCAAAUGCUACUAAUUCUAAUGGAAACGUUAUUAAGGUGGGCAGUAAAGACUUCAGAUUCACAUGGUCACGAGAUGGGGGAGACCUAUGUGACAUAUAUGAAGAGCGUCAUAGUGGUGAUCAUGGAAAUGGCCUGCUAGUAGAAUCGGGCAGUGCUUGGAGAAAGGUGAAUGUACAGCGUGUUUUGGAUGAAUCGACUAAAAAUCAUGUUAAAAUGCUGUCUGCGGAAGCUGAACGCAAGUCUAAAUCACGCAAAGCCAUCGUUUUAGACCAUGGAAAUCCAUCUACGAAGAGUCAAGUGAAGGCAAUGGCAGCUGUAGAAGGUAAUACAUGGAGAGCAGGUUUCAAGCAACCCCCUUUGAAGAAAAGGAAAGCUGAACCACCUCCAGUUCAUUCAUCUAGCAUGCUCACUCAACCAGAGAAUAAAACUGCUAGCACUGUCAAAGAAAUUCAUCCGAGCUAUGCGAUGCAAAAUACGCUAGGGUCCAAAAGGAGCGCAGACACCAAACCUUCUGAUCUGCGUAGCUUGUUGAUAUUUGCCCUAAUGGAAAACCAAUCAAAUGGGUUGAGCCUUAAGGCCUUGGAGAAAUCUGUUGGAAACGCUUUUCCCAACUCAGCAAGACAAAUUGAGCCAAUCCUUAAGAAGAUUGCAACCUUUCAGGCUCCAGGGAGAUAUUUUCUAAAACCAGAAGUGAAGAUGGAAAACAUCCAGACAGCUGUAGCUGAAAUUGGAAGUUCUCCUGAAGAGCGUCUUCACACACCACCUGCCCUCAACAAACAUGGUGAGUUAUCAGCUUCGCAGGCCGACUUUUCCAUGAUGAAUGAGGCCAAUGAAUUGGAACAGAAAGCACUGCUGGAUUCUAAAACUGAAGAACCGUGUAACCCAACAGAAGAAGUUGAUAUACUUGAGCAAUCACCAGACUUUUCUGGUGAGAAAAAGGCCUCCGACAACAGCUUAGGGGUAGCAGAAAGCUCUAGUGAUAGUGGAAGUGACAAUGAUAGCGAAAGUGAUAGCAGUGACAGUGGAAGUCAAAGCAGAAGCCCUCGGGGAAGUAGAAGUGUGAGCAGGAGUAGCAGUGACAGUGAAAGUGAUGCCUCUUCCGUCAACAGUAAGGAGGCAUCUGAUGUGGAAGUGGAUAUUAUGAGCGAUAAUGACCAAGAUGAAAAACAUCAAGUGCAAGCUCUUGAGCAUGGCUUGGCAAAAUCUCCCAUUCCAACUGGAGGAACUCAAGGUAUUGAGCCUGGUCAGUUUGGGAUUGAUGAAAAGGAUGAAUAUGUCCAUGUUAUUGAUAAUAUUGAUAUUAAUAAACACUUACAAGAUGGUUGUCAUGGCUUUGAAGAGAGCAAUAUCACUGAUAAUGUACCUGUGAAGGAAGGCAAAGAAGCAGAAGAGACUGGACUUUCAUCUGACCAACAUAAGAAUAUGGGGGGAAACCAAGUUCAAACAGCAACGUUUUAUAGUGAAAAGGAGGGCAUGCUUAAAAAGGGUACCAAGCCUGAGCAAUCUGGUAGUAUUUUUAGAGCACCUAAAACUAAGUCUGAAAGACUCUCUGAUGUGAAGCCGUUUGAUGAUAAACACGACCGAACUAAGAGGUUAAAAACUGGAAACAUAAACCAACACCAAAGUUCUGCUAGUAACCCUGUUUUUAAUGAGGGUGUUUCUCAACAUUCUUCUCCUGAUAGAGCCCUUGAGUUAUCUUCCAAGAGUGUUGGUGUGCUGGUGGCUAAUAGAAUGGGAAGAGAAAGUACUGAUUUUUCUUCACAGAAAGGUCACAGCCAGUCCUUUUCUGGAAACUCAUUUUCCGAUUCUCAGCACCCAGACUCGAGACAUGUUGAACUCAGUGGACUGGACAAAAUUUCGGCGGAAGCUGCAGAAAAAUCAGUUAAAUAUGGAAAUACAUUGAGCCGUAGUGCUAAGUAUUCCUCUGAAAGUAGAGUUUUAGUGAAUGAAGGUUUCUCUUCGCAGAGAGAGAAAUUGAACAAGGGUUCAGUUCAUGAAGAAGGGAGUUUUGAUGAACAAAGAACAAUGAAAGUUUCCAAGGAUAGUACAGAGGAUUGGCAUAAAAAAUCUAUUGAAUCCCAAUACAGAAAGCAUGAUAAUUCAGACCCGGGAUGUUCUCCAAAGGAAAAUAACACAAGCAAUGUUGGAAGAUCUUUAACGAGUGGGCAAAAUAAAAGACUUCAGAGAGAAGUUUCAGAUUUGGAGUUGGGUGAAUUUCGUGAUUUCACUCUAGAGGAUACACAUGCAAUGCAAAAACAUACCGAGAGGAGAAGUUCCGUCAAAGGAGAAAACAAACCAACAACUUCAGAUCACUGGAACUCAGACACAGGUAAAGGAAAGGGGGCUAAUAAGAUUAUUUCAGGAUCAAAAAAGACAUCUCCACGUCAUUCAUAUGUCGCAGGUGGUACUCCGGAUGGAAUACCUAAGAGGAAGUCCCUCGAACCUUACCCCCAGCAAAAAUCUCAGCAACAUCUGUCUCAACAAAAUCAUCUCAGAGUUGAUCAGAAUGGUGUUGGACACCUUAAUAAGGCAUUAGACGUGAGCAGUAAAAGCAGAAAGAAUGAAGUUGGAGGGACUCCAGAGACUUAUGGAGACAAUAAUCACAACAAAGUCUCUACAAGUGCAGCAAAACGACAUGAAGCAAAAUCGGGAGCUGUAUCUAUAUCUACUAGUGAAAGUAACAUCCAGAAAUCUAAUUUUGUUGCAGACCUAAAUGGUAGGCGAAAGGGUGGAUCUUUGACAGGUAAUAAUGAUGAUCAGAAGCGGAAGGAAUCUCCUUCAGACGAGAUUAGUUGUUCCUACUCCAAGUAUGAAAAGAAGGAGCCAGAGCUCAAGGGUCAGAUAAAGGAUUCCUCCCAGUACAAAGAGUAUGUGCAGGAGUAUCUGGAAAAGUAUGAGAGUUAUUGUUCGCUAAACAAAAUCUUAGAGUCGGACAGGAUUAAGUUCAGUAAAUUUGGAAAAGAGCUUGAGGCUUCUAAAGGAAGAGACAUGGAGAGAUACAAUGACGUAUUGAAACAAUUGAAAGAUUCUUAUCAUCAAUGUGGAGCAAGACAUAAACGACUGAAGAAAAUAUUUGUUGUGCUUCAUGAAGAACUGAAGCAUUUGAAACAGAUGAUGAGAGAGUUUGCUGCUUCAUAUGCGAAAAGUUGACUACCUGGUCUCUCUUUCCAGUUUUGCUUCUAUUUGAACUCUGCUUUGCCAUUUGGCAUCACCUGGAGCAGUUCCCUCUGAUGUUGUUGCAGUUGGACUUGAUGCUUUAAGGCCAUAUAACAAGUGACGGACUUCUCAGUGAGAAAAUCUGGUUGAUAUAUGGUAGUCCAUCUACAUGAUCUCUGCCAGCAUAUCUUUUGCUCCGAUAAGCAGUGACGAAAUGUGGUUUGGUUGACUGAUUUCGUGAUCUAUAUUUAGCAGUGUUCCGGGAGCAGUAUAUACAAGAAGGGGAUCGCUGGUAGUGGUGGUGUUGAGUACAACACAAAUAUAAAUUGGAUGUAAAUAUAAAAUAUAAAGCAUAGAAAUGGUUUGGUGAACUAGUGAGGCCUCAUUUUAUAGUUAUGAUCAUUAUUGGUUUAGUGUUAAUUAUUGUAGCACUUCAGGAUUGGUCAAAAUAACUCUGGUAUCUUGUAUUUUUAAAGGAAAGCUAAUCAUCUCAUGUAGUUUGGUCGAAUUAAUCAUUUUUUUUA